AUGAUUUUUGGCAAGAAGAACUCGAUAGGAAACGUUUUUAUUGACGUACAGUGUGAGUGCACCCAUCCCAUAUUUAGUUUGCUCACUUUCAAAACACGCGUGCUCCCAGAGUGACAUCACCCUCGUUACUCACUUUCGAUAUGCUUUCUCUCUUUAAAAGGCGCUCGCCCGCCGCCUGUCUCCUUUCUCAUGUCGAACUUCCUAACUGUUCCAGGCGUCGAGCAGGAGAAGCAGAAGAAGGGUCGAUCGAUUCUUCGGCAGCUUUCGCAGCUGUCUCGUCGCUCCAUCGACAGUCUUUCCUCGACGCUUUCCUCCCCGAGAACCCCGAGUCCGAGAGCUACUUUCUCUGAUUACCCCAACCCGUAAGUGCUUCUUUCUUUCUCUGUCUCUAUCUUUCAUCAUAUGAGUUUCAGAUGUGAGCUCAUACUUCUCUCUGCUCUUCAAGGACAUGUCCUUUCCGGAGACGACAUGCGGAACUGUGCUUCUGAGAUUCAAGCUCUGACCCUUCUCGAGAAACAAAAGCUCGUCAACUUCUUCAAACCGGAAGGAGAUGCGUCUGGUAUUCUGGAGAACAACGCCUUCAAAGCGUUCAACUGCUCCAACCUGACCACCGAUCUUCUUCUCAACGGUGGCUGUGAUAUUCUGGAACAGUUGUGGCUCAAACUCAACAAGCUCGUGGUCCCUUCCCUACAAUCGAUGUGCUUUCCUCUCGCUGAAAUCGACGCGUCAUUCGACGUCCAACAACUGAUAUUGACGGCCUUCCGUGACCGAGUUCUCGCUAAGGUAAUAAAAUUUUACAGUUUUUUCGCUUCUAUUCUGGUCAUUCCACCCGGUGUUUAUCAAAGAAAAAGUGUCUAUUUCAGCUGUUGCAAGAUGCUCGUCAAGAAUUCCCGCCACUCAAAUCGAUUCUGCUCACGAUUCUAGUGGAGACCGAUGACAUUUCGACUUCGUUGAAGCAGAAGAUCGAUUUUUGUUUGGGCAAGAAUCCGAACGCUUCUGUGAAACCGCGGUUUCUGAAGAAGACUCGCUCCAAAACGGAUUCGUGUCUGUCCAGCAAACGGAAGUCGGUCUCCUGGAUGGACGACAUGCAGGACGGCUCUCGGAAGUCGUCCACCUUCUGCGCAUAA